AUGGGAGUCGGGCGGUCCUUCUGCUGGCCGCGGAGGGCGCGUUACGCGCGCGCUCUCCGGCGGCUGUGCUCCUGCGCGAGCGCGGCGGUGGCGGUGUUCCUGCUGUUCCGGGGGGUGUGCGCGCUCUACCCGGAUCGGUUCCGGACGCCGCCCCCCCCCGCGCCUGACGACGCCGGCCCGGUGACGCUGCUGGUGUGGAGCCACCCGUUCGGGCGGCGCGGCGCGCUCCCGGACUGCCUGCGGCUCUACCGGAUCGGCGGGUGCGCGAUCACCGACGACGCGAGCGCGUACCGGGCGGCCGACGCCGUGAUCUUCCACCACCGGGAGAUCGCCUCCGGGUCCGCGCGCCUCCCCGCGGAGCCCCGGCCCCGCGCGCAAAAGUGGAUAUGGCUCAACUACGAGUCCCCCACGCACACGCGCAGGCUCUGGCUCCUGGAGGGCGCGUUCAACCUGACCAUGAGCUACCGGAGCGACUCGGACAUCUUCCUGCCCUACGGCUACCUGCUCCCCCGCGCGCGCACGGCCGAGCACGGCCGAGCUCCGCCGGACGAGCUCGCGCGCCCCCGGCGCCGCCUCGCCGCCUGGGUCAUCAGCAACUGGUCGGAGAAGCACGCGCGCGUGGCCUUCUACCACCGGCUCCGCAGGUACGUCCAGGUGGACGUGUACGGGCGCGCGGGCCGGCCUCUGCCGCGCGCCGGUGGGGGGGGCGGCGGAAGCGUGGUGCGUCUGGCCGCGCGCUACAGCUUCUACCUGGCGCUGGAGAACUCGCAGCACACCGACUACAUCACGGAGAAGCUGUGGAACGCCGUGCGCGCCGGCGCCGUGCCCGUGGUGCUGGGGCCCCCCCGGCGCAACUACGAGCGCUUCCUGCCCCCCGAGGCGUUCAUCCACGUGGACGACUUCCCCACCGUGCGCGAGCUGGCCCGCUACCUGCUGGCGCUGGGCCGCAGCCCCAGCCGCAUGCGGCGGCACCUGGACUGGAGGGGGGGCUACAGCGUGCACCAGCCGGCCUUCUGGGCAGAGCACUACUGCACGGCCUGCAGGGCGGUGAGGGGGGGCAGGGGGCGCACCGACGUGGUGCAGGACCUGGCCCACCGUAACCCACUUAAUGAGCUCAUGAUUCUGCAGCUGCUGAAGCCACUGAUGUCAGUCGGCUAUAACGGAGCUGACCCUGAGAAGACGGAUCCAAACGGCUUCAAGGAGAGGAACCUGGCCCUGGAGGACCUGGUGGACCAGGAGGGCCCGGAAGACCAAUCUCUCCUGUAG